AUGCAACUAUUUUUAAUAAUGAUAGUAAAUAAAAAAACUGCCGAAUAUUUGCAAGCUGAACUUAUUUAUGAUGGAUUUCGAGCAGCAUCUGCCGAUGGUACUUUAAGACAACGAGAAAUUGAUGCAAUAUCUGCAUUAGCAAAAAAACUUGGUAUGACUGAAGAAAAAUUUCAAACAAUACUUGAAUUAUAUAGAGAAUAA